CGAGAAUUCUUAUUAUUCGAGUUGUAUUUAAUAUUCAGCCGAUAAGGCCGUGGCCAGCCAUGACCGUUCAUGGGUGAGGUCUCACCAGUGUUUGCUGCUACGUCUGUCUGGUUGUCUGGUUGUCUGUUUGGAACACGAAGAAAAGCUUUCUGCACUCUCCUCACCACGGAGCAUGCAGAAGCGAUCAGCAGCAUUCAGCCAGGAUCACACCCAUUGGGCGAACAUCAAUUAUCCAUCUGUCUUACAGUACUGUCCAUUAUUAUUCCCUCCGGUCCUCUACUACCUGUACGCCUCUUAAGUGCCUCUAUUAUUUGAGCCUGCACACCACACCCAUCAGUGUACCCCUGCCUGGCUGGGCAGCACCCGUUCGUUCCCCUCCUUUCGCUACUCCGCUUCUGGGGUAGCGGAUCGUUGGUGCUGGAUCCAACGGCUGAACGCCCUUCCAUCAGUGAUCCAGAACCUCAGGAACUCAACGGGAUCCGACUUCUCACCUACUCUUCCACGGCUCAACACUUGCUACCUGUCUGUAUCAUCUCCUCCCGACUACUCCCGCUCCGAAUACCCUCACGACACGCCCGUCGUAUUACCAGUUCCUACGCAUGCGAUCUCUAUCUGCCAUGGUUGGAGCCAUAGAAGCGUGAGACCGUUGUUGAAUGCGCUGCGCCGUUUCGUUGUGCCCUGGAGAGAAGAUCCGGAGGAAGCCCCACACGACAUCACCCAAGACAUACCUACCUACCCUUAGCUAUGCCGACCACUGCAACUGCAGAUAGUCCAGUCCAGGACCGGAGACCAGAGCAACAGCAACAGGCACAGCAACGGGGCUUGCUUCCGAAGAAAUGUCGAUAUUGUGAGAGGAGGUUUUCCAAGGCCGAGCAUUUGAAGCGACAUCAGAGGUCCCAUACUGGAGAGAGACCGUAUACAUGUCCGCGAUGCAAGAAAAGCUUCUCGAGAAGUGAUGUCUUGAUCCGCCAUCUCAAGAACCACCCCCAGAUCAUCGGCGAAGAGGCCGAGCAGAGUUCAUCAGAAGGAGAUUUCAUAGAAGUGAAUGGCGCACAGAAUCCAAACCCCACCCCCGGCCCAUCCUCCGAGAGCAAUCCAGCAAUACAAAAUGUGCGGAGGCAGAGUCAAGUGGUCGCAUCACCCUCUGUCAUUGACCCCUCCCUUGACGACCAUCUCCCUCAGACGAACUCGAACGGCUUGCCUUCCGGCCUAGACCACCUCGCUCUAUUGGCAUCGCAGCAGAAAUGGGAUAAUGGAACAAUGGAUGCAGUAAUGACGGAUUCGGGGAAUGCUGCCCUGCCAGAAAUGAGUGCUGCUCCGAGUUGGACUCUGGAGAUGCCGAACAAUAACCAUGUUGGGCAUCCAGAUGUUAGUUUUGAUCCAAGGCCUCCACAGCCGGAUCCGAAUUUCCAGAAUCUUGGCCCUUCUCCGAAUACGUCUACUAGAUUCAAUUUUGGAGAGGAUUUGUACUCUGCUCGGUUGAAUGGGAUACAGGAUCAUAUAUCUCCGGAUAUGGGAGGAAUGGCUCCAGAUGUUUCGAUUAUGCCACAGGAUUUGCAGACUUGGUUCGAUCAAUUUGACCUCGAAUCACAUCUUCAUCCAGGAAACUUGCAGGAUUUCGGAAGUUCGAACAGUCAGAUUGCUGGUGUAAGGAGAGGAUCAUCUCUGACGGCGGCAUCAGACGAACCGACAUCCGUAAGGAAUCCAAGCUCGCCCAGUACUCUCAUACCAAACGAACGGUUCGCGAAAGUAGAGCGGUGCUGGCCGAAUCGACAUAGUAAUCCUAUUCGACUCAUGCCUACACUUUGGUGGGAUGCCGUACUGAAAGCAGAGGACAAUCUGUUCUCGAAUGGAAACCUCUCACCAGAAGCCAUGGAACAGAAUAGGCAGUGUGGUUCACGGUGGGGUCUGGAUGAAGAUUGUAGGGAGAGGCUGCAGAGAAUGUUCGUCACCAUUACACAUGUUUCGACUGAUCAGACUCCAGCUGCGGGGUUUGGAUCACCGGAUAACUUUUCGUCGCCGUCUGAAUCGAGGUCUGCCGGACAAGGGGGUUCAGUUGUGAAUGACCCGCCAACAUCUUCCAACUUCCCACCAGCGGAGAUAUUUGACAUUGGAUUGGAUCUUUAUUUCCGCCAAUUUCAUCCUUUGAUGCCUUUUAUCCAUACGCCUACUUUCUGUCCGAAGACGGCACCGACGUCUAUUUUGUUUAUCAUGUGUCUGAUUGGUUUGACCAUACUUCAGACGAAAGGAGCAACUGCAUUUGUCAGACAGACAUUUCCGAAAGCACUUGAGCAGGUAUCUACUGAACUUAUGCCAUCACUUUCUGGAGAUCGAAGUCGUAUAGAUCAGAUGUCUAGUUUGGCAAGUGCCGUUCUGAUACUUAACCUGACCGAAAUGAUGGGACAAAAAUAUCAUCAGUCACAAUGCCAGAUGUUAUACACAAAUGUUAUCAUGACUGCUCAAAAACAUGGCCUCUUCAAUGCCAAUGAUGGUCAACCCUUGAAUGAGAGCUUCUUCGGUCAGAUAUCCGAUCUAGAAGCUAGAUGGAAAGCAUGGAGUAGGAUAGAAUGUGCAAAACGGUUGAUUGUCUCUUUGAUAAUGGUCGAUACUUGGUACUCAGCAAUGCUCCAUACAAGUCCCAUCAUGCAUACAGACGAAAUCCAAGUCAUUCUCCCCUGCGACGCUGGCCUCUUCCAAGCCACCACCGCAACCAAAUGGGCCCAUCUAGCAGCAACCCGUCACCAAAUCUGCAUGCCAAUCGUCUCCCUCUCCAACGAUAUCCUCACCCUCCCAGACCUAACUAACACUCUCGAACCCCUCGCCAUGCACGGCAUCCUCAGCAUCAUCCGCCUCCGCGUCUCCCACGACUUCCACCGGCUCCUAUCCGGCUGCCACCGCCGCGCCGACGCCCAACACUUUGUCCCAGCCCUAACCUACGAUCUCGACCCCCGCGCAAAACACACCAAAUCCCUCCUCAUCCACGUCAUGAAAUCCUACGCUCCACUCUUCACAUCCAUGAACCCAAACUGCGUCGUCCUCUGGCACAACACCUGCAUCAUGCUCACGGCCGACAUUCGACUCUUUGAGAUUGGAGCAGGGUGUGCGGGCGCGCCGGCAGCGAGACAGGCGCUGGAUGAUAUUGCUGCUUGGACGCAGACGCCGAGUGCGAGGAGGGCGUGUCUCCAUGCGGCGCAGACGUUCAAGUUGAUGUCUAAUCGGAGGGCGUCGGAUGGGGAUCCGUUUCAUGCUUCGACGGGGUUGUUUAUCUCGGCGCUGAUUUUGGGGUUGUAUGUUUUUAUGGUUCCACCGGAGAGUGAGGCCGGGGCUGGGAGUGCGAAUCCGAACUCGCUUUCUGGUAUAGGACCGGCGUCGGGGUUCGAUCUUAUUGAUGAUGUGGAUUGGGAUGUUGUUGGUGGUGAGGGAUUGGGUGCUCUCACUCCUGAGGGGAACUCUCCAAACCAUGCUCUCAAUUCCCACUUGCACACCAAUCAGACUCCCACUCCCACAGUACCAGCAACAGUAACAGACGACCCAGCGAUCAACUUCAUCCGGCACGGCGGCGGGAUCUGCUUCGACGGCGUUAUCCACCGUCCUGGAUACGAGGCUGCGAGGAGGAUACUCCUCGAUUACGCGAGGCUGCUGGAGGAUAUUGGGAGGUGGAGGGUGCGGAUUGGGCAGUAUAGUAAGGUUUUGAGGAUUAUGAGUGAUGCUUUGGUGGAUGUUGAGGGGGGUGGGGGGUAG